AGCUGAGUCUGUCCCGUGCUGUGCCACAUUGAGCCUGAAGAGGGCGAUGUCUGACAACAGCAACAGCUCAGGCAGCAGUGGGUCCUCCACCAACAGCUGGACCCUCCUUUCCCCUGAGGAAGCUGCUGUAGAGAAUGUUGGGCCAGUGGACGACGGCACAGAGAGCCUGGGUGACGUGCCCAGUCUCUCUGAGGAGGUGGCAGGAGCAGCUGCAGAGUUCAAACCCAGUGACAUUCCAGUAGAAACUGUCUUGUCUGAGGAAGGACAUCAGGUGUGUCAAGAGACCUCUCCAGAGUCCAGUGAGGGUCCCAUCCCUUCUAGUCCAUCCCGGAUGAGUCCCCUUCCACCCAACCCUCUUGACCCCCCAGACCUCGAUAUGGAGAGUCAAGCUCCUAUCAUCCAUGAUAUUGUAACCAGCUCCCCCAGUGACAAUGAGCAUCUUGGUGCCAUACCCUUUGUCACCCACCUUGAUUUGGGAGCUCCACUCGAUAUCCCCGUGUCUGACCUCCCCCCAGCUGAGCUAGAGGAAUACAGCUCUGCUUCUCUCAUGACUGAGAUCCCUGUUACUGCUGAACCAGUGCUGGACACAGUUGCUGAUAUUGGGGCGAGCCUUCCUGAGGAGAGUCCUGUCUUCACUGCUGAACCUGAGAUUAACAUCCCCACAGAGACCCUAACGGCCGCCGAUCCUCCCUCUCAUGUUGAAGCUGAUGUCAGCCUUGUUCAUCAGAGUACUGAGCCACCAAGCCCAGUCCCUGAGAGUCUGGUGACAGAAUGCCCCAUCGCUGAUAGUCCUGCACCAGAGACUGUUGGUUCAGCUGAGGCAGCGGAAGAGUCGGCUGUGGAGAAGGAGGAGAUGGAGCCCUCCGAGACAGGGACCCAGUAUGAGCAAGAAGAAGAAGAGCCAUCAAGUAGUUUUGAUACAAGCAGCUAUGAUGAGGGACUGAGGAGGAGAAAUGUGCCCUCCUUUGAGGCCCCAAGACCAAGAACAUCAGACGAGGAAGAUGAGGAGGAGGACGUGGAAUUCAAGCUGGCUGAGAAGAAGGAGGAAAAGCCAUGGUUCUCCUUGAACAAAUGCAUUGUGGGUGCUCUAGUCCUGCUCUUCUUAGGUUCCCUUUUCCUCUCAGGUUUCCUCUGUGACCUGGAUAAUGGUGACUUUGACGCCUCUGAAUUCAGUGAUGGAGAACAAAGCCAGGACUGGCUUAGCAGUGAUCCACAGGAUAUGAAAGAGCUAUUGGAUAAACUGACACAGGAAAACCAACAAAUCGCUCAGCUAGAGGCUCAACUACAGACUCAGAGAGAAGAACUCGACUUAGCACUGAAGGCGGUGGCAGCAAGCGGUGAUGAAAAGCAUAAAGCAGAUCUAGAAAAAGAAAACACAAAGUUGAAGAUUGAGUUGUCAUCUUUGCCUAACCUAAAGAAAGAGCUGGAGGGUCUGAGGGCGAGGCUGACUGAACUCAGCCAACUUAAAGCUGAUCAGGAAAUGCCUCCAGCUACGUCAAGCUCAGCCCCUCAGCCUAGUGACAAAGAUGGUCAGAGUCAUCAGAAAUCAGCUGGACCUGAAAGGAGGAAGGACACAAAUGAGGGAGGCAAGCUGAAGGAAGAACUCCUGAGGCAGAAGGUUCUUUUGGAGGAAAGCAAGAAGAGGCUGCAAGGGAUGAAAAAAGACGGAGGUGACAGGAAGCACGUCAGGGAUAACUUGGAGGAGAUUCAUAGGAAGAUUUCUGAACAAGUUGAGAGAUGGGGGAAGAAGAAGCCCCAAGAGUCCAAAUGGAAAGGGAACAACGGCAAAAGCAACGAGCGGGACCACUGGAAGAAAGAGGAGAAGAAGGAGUGGAGAGGUGAGAAAGACUGGAAGCCUAGCAAAGAGGGAGGAUGGAAGGACAAAGACGAGAGGAAAGAAAAGGAUUGGAAGCCUCAAAAGCAAAACUCUCACAAAGAGGCAUGGAGGAAAAACCAGGAUGAGUGGGAGGGGAAGAAGGACGAGCGCAGAAUGGACAGGGAGGAGAGGAGGAAGGAGAAACCCUGGCAUGGACGCCCCGGUAAGAAUUCCCACAGCCACAGCCAGCAGCAGCAGCAUCACCAUCACCGCCAGCCUCAUCAGAACAACAACAAGGACUUCUGGAGAGACCAGGAGCAGAAGCUCAGACGCAACAUCCGCCCACAGGUGGGCUGCAGCUCUGUGGAUGAUUGUGCCAGCAAGGAAGGGCUCUACGCUGUGGAGCUGCCUGAGUUCGAGGAGCUGCUGGAGGGCUACCUGAGCAAGCUUGAAGGAUCUUCACCGGAGAGCAAGGACAAGAUCCGAAAGCUGACCGCUGACUUCUUUGAGGACGGGGUGUUUAUCCACGACAGGGUUCUUUUCAGCGACUUUGCUGAGGACGUGGCGGACAUUCUGGAGGACAUGGUGGACAUUUUAGUGGACGGUGGGCAAAAGGAUGACGACUCCCUAGAGGAGGCAAUGGAGGAGUUUGAACGAGAGGCCCUGUGGAAGUUUGCCGCCACAGCCUAAAAAAGAAACAGAGAGGGGAAAGGAGUAAAACACAACACAAAGAUACAGCACAAGUGGUGGUUUUAUAGGACAUUUCUUGCCUACCUUCUCCUCUUCAGAGCUGUAAUUGUAGUAGAAAAAAAGCUUCUGGUACAGAGUGGUUGUGCCUCUCAUAAACCUGUCCCUCUGAGUCAUUAAUUAUAAGCUAGACUUGUACUUGUCAUUUUGGACUUAGUUGUUGUUACCUACCUCUGUCAGGCCAUGCCUCCUAAUGCAAAGUCCUUCAGUAAUGUGUUGUGUGGAUUUCCCUCUGCUAUAUAGUGCUUUCUCAAUACCUAGUGCAUGUUGCAGUUCAUAAUGUAAGCUGAUAAUAUUCAGAUCACAUUAAAAAAGACAUGAUUUUGAGCAGAUGGUAUUUGCAAACAAUUAUGAUUAACACUGGUGCAAUAGAGUUAAACGUAUUCAUACAUUAUAUAGUAUUAGGUAUGUUGUCAAUGACUCUUUCUGGCAUUUGACAGUCUAUCCAGUGUGGUCAAACAACCUGCCCCUUCUCCAAGCAGGUUACAACAAACACUGAGACAUUUCUUUGCAGAUACUAUUUGCUUCCAGUGUGGUGUAAUUGUACAAUCCCAGAGGAUCAGAUCCCAGGUCUUUCAGUGAUAAGAAUCAGAUCAGGUCAGACCAGUUUUGCUUCAGCAGCUCUUGAGUAGAUUUGAGCAAACACACUAGAGUGUUGUUUGAGAGCCCGAAGCGUUUGGUGUGACACACUAUUCAUCCUUCCACUCCCAACUGUCAGUCGACAGCUGAUGUGUUGAACAACCAGGACCCAGUUUGUGAAAUGCUGCUCAAAAAUAAAGCAAUAGGUAAAAAUAGUGAUAGCCAUACAUGAAUUGAUGACUGCUAAACCACUUUAGCACUUUUUUCAAACAUUCACACUAAGCUAGCUGAUUUCCUCUCUCCCUUUUCACUUCUAUCAUGAGUUUUUUAAACACUACAGUAGUUCUCUUCAAGAAAUUUUAUAAUGUAGCCAUGGGGACCUCCAAUACAUGAGACCAUUCGGAGUAAAACGUUUAGUCACCUAUAGUAAUCCCCUAAAUGUUAAUGGGUUUUUUAAAACUUGAGAUUGGCAACCAAACCAAUGUUUUUUUUCCUCAUAUUAUGUUAGAAGGUUGAUAUAAACUGACAUGCUCACAAGUAAUUUAGCCGUUGUUUGUUUUUAGAAGAACAUGAAAAUGAGAAGGCUGCUGCAUUUCAUUUAGUUUUUCAAGUUUAUAAGUUGAAUGAGCCAGGCAAAAUCCAUCAAGUAUUAUAGAACUGCUUUCUAGUGGUGGGUACUUCUUUGAGACAAAUAAUUAUUUUCCUUUUUUUCUUUUUGAUUCUUGUCAUAUUUGAUUAAUUGUGAAGUUUUCCCCAUUCAGGUGGAUGUUAAGUUAAAAGCGACAGAUUGUGAUUGUUGGUUCUCAUCUUUCAGUGACUGAAAGAAGCUUUGAAGUGUUUCAUUAUUUUAUUUAUUCUGUCACACACUGCAACAUUAUUUUCUGUAUUUUUAAUGAGAACCGCAGACUUUGUACAUGUCCCAGGCCAUACACGUUGAAUGUGAAAGUGGUGAAGUUAUCCAUUAUUUUGGUUUUCAGAAGUUUAGCUUGCCAGCUACUGCUUACGUGCCUUUAUUACUAUAAAUAUGUUUCGAUUGGAGAAGUUUUUGAUCUAAUUUGCUUCUGCAACAUAAAGAAGAAAAGUUUACACUCACAAUUUUACUGCUGCUUUUAUGGCAGAGAAUGAAUGUCACAGGGUUUACACAUAAAGUGUGAAACUGAUUUUUGUUGAACAUUGUUAUCUCUGCUAUUGUACAGAGGAACAUUUCUCUUUUUUUAAGUUUUUAGACCAAAGUGAUCGAAAGAAAUCUUAAUCUAAACAAAUGAAUCUUUCCUUGAAACACAUUUAUGAGAGUUGAACCAACAUUUGGGAGGUUGUUGUCUUUGUGGGACUACAGUAUGGUUCUGUGCUUACUGAUCAUUUACAAACUGGCUCCGAAGUGCAUGUAAUUUAUCCCUGGGCAAAUGUAUUGAUGAAUUUGCCUCAUUUCUAAUUUCUCCCAUCAUCAUUUUUGUCCUCUUUUAGGAAGUCAGUGUUAAGUUCAAUACAUUUUUCACCAUUAAAUAUGUCACUUGUGUCUUUAUUGAAUUACAUCAGUUGAAU